CUGGUUGAUCCAUCCGGAUAGCUGGCUGUGUUGUGUUUGUAAGCGUUCUCUGAUACGUCGCCGUCGUUCCAUGGGACCAGUUUUCGUUUGAAUACUUUUUUUCUUCGCUCUGUUCGCUUGUUGUUGGUCGCCAAGGCAAAGUAGAAUCGUUGGCGCGUAUCGUCGACUGUUGCGCGCGUUGUCGCUGGAUGCUGCCAGUUCAGUUCUGCAGCGAAUCUCGUCCGGAGUGCGUUAUAGCUGUUUAUCUGUGUAGUGCGCACAAGUCUCGCGGGUGGAGUAGUGUGAUUCCAUAUUUGAGUUGAACAAACAUCUCCACGGGAGAAGGAGCAAUCCAAGCAGUCGAUAUCACUUCCGGGGUUUCACCAUCCCCUCAAGGAUAUUCUCCCAGCCAUCGUACGGUUGGAUUGGGAUAAGCAAAAGCACCGAAAAACUCUAAAUCCCAUCAGACCAGCCAGGAGAGGCCACACUCCGGAGCCUAUCAUUGCCAGCUGGGUCGCUCAAGCCGUCGGUCGGUCAGUCGUUCGCCACCUGCCGCAGUCCUGAUAGAUAAUUUCCCCUUCGACUGCAGACCAGCCUGCUCGCGCGCCGCUCCGUAAUGAAUUAAAUUUGUUUGUUACUCAUUCAAUUAAUAUAGGCUAAUUAAUAAGCGUGAGAAGUGUGCUGCCAGUCAGCUUUUUUUUCUGUCUUCGCCCCAGCGAGGAAGGUGAACGUGAGCUCAACGAAACGUUAGGCAAGGUUAAACACAAACACAUUUGCUCGGGAAGAAAACAAGGAAAGUCACGUGAGCUUCCGAAAGGUGAAUCCCGCGUAACUUCGGGUGUGUGUGAACGGGUGUGUGCCAAUUAGGCGAGCGCAGGUCAUCGACGCUGAAUUUGUCUUCGCUGUCGCCGUCGUCUGUGAUCUCAAGAGAUAGUUAAGGUAGUCAAGUGUUGCAUAAUUAAACAGUGAGUGUGAGUCCAACUGUAAGGGAUAAGUGCGCUUGGAAUUGUAUACGACUUUAACUACUAAAGCUAAUGGUGAAUGUUAUGAUCUACGUGUUUCAAAAAUACCCAAAAAUGCAACUGCUCAAAGCUGUAUCAAGGUGAAUUUUUACUUUGAAGUUCAUGGAAAUAUUUCAAUAGACUGAACAUGGCGUUGUUUAAGUUAAAAUAAGAUUCGCCGUGCGACGGGUGAAGAGGAGGCCGUCAAUAAAAGUGCAUUAGGAAUAGUAUUGCUGUGUAAAACGUAACGAGAGCAUCAAACUGUCGGCUUUGUCCAUCAGAAACUUCUCAGCAAACAUGCUGAACAAUCUGGGUGCUGCCGGACUGGGAGGGCCAAAAGAGUGCGACCUGCCAAAGGCGGCCAUCACGUCCCUGCACGGUGGCAACGGCUUUGGCCCGGUUCCGAACUCGGCCAGCUCGGACAGCAAUGGCAAUCGGUUGCACACCAACAGUGUUGGAUCGGCUGGCGGUGGCGGCGGCGGGGCUGGUCUCUGCGAGCCGCACAACAUACACCAGGAUCAGAAUACUGACAAAAAUGGCAAACAGAAGAGGCAUCGAACACGCUUUACCCCGGCCCAGCUGAACGAACUGGAACGGUGCUUCUCGAAGACGCACUAUCCGGACAUUUUCAUGCGGGAGGAGAUUGCCAUGCGGAUCGGGCUGACAGAGUCGCGAGUACAGGUUUGGUUCCAGAACCGUCGAGCCAAGUGGAAGAAACGGAAGAAGACCACCAAUGUGUUUCGAACGCCAGGAGGCCUUCUGCCGUCGCAUGGUUUGCCGCCCUUCGGAGCCAACAUCACCAACAUCGCCAUGAGCGAGAGCUUAUGUGGGACAUCGAUGUUCGGUGGGGACCGAUGGGGAGUGGGUGUCAACCCAAUGACUGCCGGAUUCGGUCAAUUGAAUCAAACCUCGUCUCUCUCCGGCACCCUGAACGGGGGGCUGAACUCGGGGAUCAAUAUUUCCUCCGCCAUGGGAGCCGGCGGCUAUCACAACUACGGACUGAACGCUUUGGAUAUUGCCUUUUCAGGUGAUUCCAUGAUGUACCAACACUCGGUAGGAGGCGUUGGUUGCACGGGAGGAUCGCCAACAUCGACCCCGCCCAACAUCAAUGCGUGCUCGUCCUCGACGCCCCCGUUGUCGAGUAGCCAACAGCAACAACAGCAGCAACAACAGCAGCAGCAACAGCAGCAACAGCAACACCAGCAACAGCAAGGUGCUAGUCAGAAUGAACCCAACGCCAAUGGAGAUAUGUCCAACCCGGGUGCCAACCCGCACAACAUCUCCAACUGUCAAGGACUAAGUUCUGGCGGUGCCGAGGGUGAAGAGGAUCUCUGGCGGGGUCACAGCAUAGCGGCUCUGCGAAGACGGGCCUCGGAGCUGAACCAAACGAUGCCCUCGUACUUGCACGCGCAUAACUACGACCACCACAAUUCGGUGUAUUGACUGCCGUUAUUCAAAUGAACCUUCGACGACAAGGUGGGACCGUGGAGAAAAAAAAAUGUAUAAAUUAGAAGUGUAAAGUUGGAAUACCCAUUGCACGUUCCAAAAAAAUGAUACGUACAGCGAACAGCAACAAAACAGACCUUUGCCGUUAUCAGUAUUACGCAAGUGGAACAUGAAGUUUAGUUAAAUUAUACACAACAUUAUGCAUUGUUCAGUUCCUUUAUAACUCGAAAUGAAGAAGACCGCUAUGAGAAACUAAGUAUACGACGAAAGAAGAAAGCCCAGUGAAACAAUUAGGGUAAGACGGUAUAAUGCGCCCCACCUGGCCAAAACGCCCCCCUUUGAUUUCUAGAAAACUAUAACUAACUAAGGGUCAAAUUCAGUUGGUACCUAUAAAUAUUUGUAAAACCAUCAUCCUAUGUGAAUAUGGGAAAAAAAAAUUUUGUAUUACUUAAUGAAAAUAUUUGCAAAAUACAAAAAGUCACAGUUUUGAUGUAACUUUUAAUGUUUGUUUGCUGAACAUUCUGGAGCGACUCUGGCAUACUGUCCGCAAAACUUGCACUGGAACACUCAGUUGGGCAACAAAAUUACUUUUCUCAGUGGUUAAUAUGAUAUAAAAUUGCUUCCAUCUUCAAAAAUGUAACGAUUUUCGAAAACAUGUUUCACUGGCCAAAACGCCCCAGUGUAGGCAGGACGAUAUGCCCUUACCAACUGGACACAAGCGCAGCGAGCCUGCAGCAGUUGCUUCCAAAUUGUAUGAAAAAUAUUGCAAUGUAAUUCAUACCUGCUUGGAUGGACCUAUAUUGGUUUUUUCAUGUCAAGCGCAUAAGGAUUUGUAGCCUUUUUAUUAUGGGAUUGAUAAAAUAUCAAUGAAGGGCUAUUAAAUGAUUUUGGUUGAGGUGGGGCGUAUUGGCCAGGCACUUUUUAAAUUUCAUUUUUUCACGACUUUUCAAAAAAGCUUUAUUACGUGUUAUCUGUAAUAUUUUUAUGUGUCUACUCACGGGCAAUGCAUUUGUGACUUCCUGCACUACCAAAUAACACAAAGUUUGCAUAAAUUGCGUUGAAAAGUAAAAAGUUAUCAAGGAGUUGCCUUAGGGGGCAUAUUAUACCGUCUUACCCUAAAAAUUGUAUACGAUUAGUCAAGAACUGUAGAAGAGAAAAAAUAGGACUAGUUUGUUUUAUAAUUUAAAGAAAAGUUACUGUGUUUUGUUUUGGAACACAAAUCUACCAAUUUAUAAAUUCAAUCUACUAAUGUGAGAACCUAUACGAAAGAAAACAUGUAUACGAUUGCGUUUUUCAGCAAGCAAAACAAAAAAAAGUCUCAAGCAACAAGAAAAAAAAACACAAAAUGAUAAUAAACUCGGUAAGCAGUAAUUCUAUACUAUUUGUCACUAAAAGUCUAUUUAAGAAUACAAAAUGUGGAAGUAAAAAUGGAUAAGUGAAUUUCAAGAGAAAAUCAGUUUAACGAAAAAAAAAUCUGAAAUUGAACAAAGCACUAAAGCGCGGUUUUGUAUACGUGUAAAUAAAUUAGAAAACGCUGCUCUAGGAUAAAACAGUUACUAUAGGAAGGGACAACAGUGUAAUGUAAUUUUUUUCUCAAUUGUUUUAGUUUCCUGUUCGUUACUUAGCAAUAGCAUUAUGCAAUACACGCAAGUAAUUUAUUUUUGUACAAAACAAAACAAACAUGAAAACAAUGAAAAACCGGUAUUCUUUCAGAGCUCAUUUUGUACAGUAAGAAAAUGUCGAUGCGGAGUGGACCCGCUACACUACUGGUUGGUUGAUUCGGCAUCGAUUGCGAUAGGUAAGCAAAACCAUAAAAUGCAUUCUAAGGACGUAAAUCCUAAUCCAAUAAGCUAAAGUGGAAUAAAUUGCAACCAAUGUAUACGAUAUGGAGAAACAUUUUAAAACCUAUAAGAUAAAAAACUAAGAACAGAUGUAUGUUAGUAAAAUAUUUCAUUAUCGAUAUCGAAUAAAAUGGAUAAAAUGAAACAAAA